GUUAUGUGUACUGCGUCGCCGGUAUGUUAUAGUUUGUUUUGAUAUGUGCUUCACAGCUGUGUAUUGUUCGGUUACACAUUCUGUGAAAUUAUGAUUGCAUAUUUUCUUAAGAGAAGAUAUCUGAAUAUCUUUUGUACCAUAGACAGUAUAUUCUUUGUGGCAAUCGUCUUUAAAAGUUUAGUAUGUCGGACUUUAAUCCGUCGUUGUAUCGAAUGUUAUACGUCCUAAAUCUUUGUUUAUGUAUCACGAUACUCAAUAAAUUCGCUACAUUUCGCAUUGCUGUGGUCAGGACAACCGUUAAUUUCCUUAACAUGUUCUUGGGCGGAUUGUUCGAACAAAAUGAUAACAUGACUUGUUUCUGAUCCCAAAUGUUUGGGUUUCUAUAUAUAUUAACCUCCUCGGAACUGUACGUUGAACAUUAGCAUCCGGUCAGUGCUUGAAGGUCUCAUUUACUUAUGCUUAAGUGGAUUAUUUGUCAUGUCAGAUCUGUCCUGUAACGCAGAUGUAACAGAUUCUUUCAACAAUACACAGAAUACACCUAUUCCUAAUUCGGAUUGCACUCUGUUGAAUGAUGUAAUUGUUGAAAAUCAUAAUGACUGUGAUCCAUGUACUCAAGGUCCGUCAGUUAAAAAACCUAGGUUAUUUGAACAGCAAGAUACUAUUUGUACAUUGAAUAAUGGUUUCAAGGAUGGUUACAACCUAUGCAACUUUAAAAGCUUGCCAGAACUACAAGAGGAGUUUAAAAAAGUCCGUCUCUGUUUUGAUUCAAAAUUAAAACUUGCUCUAAAAGAGAAAUUGUCCAAAUAUAUAUCUUUUAUUGAGACAACAGAAAAAACGGUAACUGGUUUAAAGGAAGAAAUAAGUCAAUUAACAGGUCGAAUGGAUUUCAUUGAAUCUUCGUCAAAAGACUUGACAAAAUUGAUUAAUGAGCGAAUUCCUUUGCCUGCUCCAACAGAUGGUAUUGGUCAGUCGAGAACUCUUUCUUCUCAAGCUCCCCGUUUACCUUUAUCAUCUCAUUCUCCUUUGGUAUCCGCACCAGAUCGAUCUAUGCAAACAGUGAAUCCUUUGAAUCGACAGCCGAAUCUAACUUCAUCUAAUUCUGUUUCAUCUAGAUUAGUAUCUGUUUUACCAAAAACUUUCGAAAUUCAGUGUGUUCCUCCUCAAACUGCAUCAGGUACAGUUUUAGCUAUCCAGGUCAAUGAUACUAUUGACCUAACAUCAGACACUAAUAUAGAAAAUGCUUGGGAAGAACAUUUGGUUUCUGGUUCAACAAAUACGAAGAAAAUAAAUAAGCACAGUGCCACACCCCUUUCAAAUUUACAAAACGGGAUUAUUUCCGCAAUAAAUGUUCCGCCUUCAUUCACAUUUGACAAUGGUAGCGGUAUUGAUAAUGUGAAUUCAAAGCAAUCAUAUAUGGACUUGGUAUCUUUAUCUCAAGCUCAGAAUAUAACUACUAAUCAGAUGACUAAUUCUCUACCAUACUCUGUUAUUCCUGAUGUUCAUCUACUUCCUGUUGCUUUACUACCUCCAGUUCCAACACAACCAGUAACUAAUAUCAACCAUCUUCCAUUGCAACCUGUUCCUCAGCUAACUAUCGCGGAAGCAGCUGAAGGAGUUUGUUUACAAUGGUCUAUUACAUAUCCAAUUGGAUCAUUUGAACCAGCUAUUUCUUAUGAAAUUUAUAGUUAUGCUUCAUCUGAAGUUAAUUUAGUUACUGUUCAAACAUCAUUACCAUGGAAAAAGGUUGGUGAAGUAGCCGCUUUACCUUUGCCUAUGGCAUGUACAUUAACUCAUGUUCAAGCGAAUAAUAUGUAUUAUUUUAUUGUUAGGUCAGUUGAUCGAUUACGUCGAUAUAGCGCAUGGUCAAAUGUUGUAAAUGCUUAUGUCAGUUGAAAAGCUUCAAGGAAUUGUCAAUCACCUUGGGGAUUUGAUGAAUGUCCCCCUUUAAAAUAUUUCUUUUUGCAAAUGAAGAUAUGUGUAUCUUUUUUUUCUUGUUUUAAUCGCAUUUGCCCAGUAACAAUAGGUCUGUACAGUUUUCAUCCAUGUCAGGAUGUAUGUAUGUAUGUAUGUAAAUUUUCUUUUCUUUGUAUUCAGGGACUUUAGCCCUAAAUUGAUUUUCCCUCAGUUAUAUACUUUAAUAUUUUGUAAUCUAGAUUAAAUAUGUAUCAAAGUGAAAGAGCAUGCCUUUUGUUUUCAGGUAUUGGAAAUUAACCUGGAGAAUAUUAUUUCGCGGUUCAGUGUUCCGAUGUACAAUUGAGUCUACUGUUUCUUUGUUGUAGGUUUCAAUGGUGGAUUCUUAGCGUCAUUAUGCACAUACUUAACACCUUAUUUGUGUUUACUCUGAAUGUUUAGGGGAUGUGGCUUCCGCUGCUGUUCUCAUGAUCUUUACAUUCUCCUUAAAACAACACUCACUACAAUGUACAUAAUAUACAUAUUCGAACAGUCAAAUUCAUAUUCACUGAGAUUGAAUCUCUGUUUUCCAACUCAGAUGAUAUUCUUAAAUGCAGUCAGAGUACUAAUCUCCAGUAUUGUUGCGUGGUUAUUUACGGGAUAAGAGCAUUGUAAGUUGCUACAACUAAUUUGUGCAUCACGAGAAUUCCGCAUUAUUCCACAAAAUGGUAAAUACUAAAAUUUCUGUGAUAGCGCUAAGGCAGUUCUAUGCGAAUCUAAUGUGUUCAACCUUUAGUUUAUCAAGUGGGACUGCUGUGACGCUUUAUCCUCACUGAGUAGUCCUGUAAGGUUAGUUAACUAAUGGCUGUCACGUCGUCUGGGUAGUUGUAUGGCUCUUAAUAACUAAGCUCCCUGAUAAUUUACUACCACUAAGUGUCCAGCUACUGGCAAGUUAUACUUCGCACCUAGUGUGAUAUGUUCAAUAGUUUGGUUGAAAUAGGAAAGUAUCAAACUGAAGUGACACAUGUACCUCCUUGUGUGAAGGGACAUCUUAUCACAUUUUUGAUCUAAAAUUUCAUGUCAUUUGCCGUGAUGCAACUUACUUUCAUGGCUGAUGCAUACUAAUCCUAGAACUCUGAGCAAGAUUCCUUAACACUACGAAGUACUGAGUACCGUCAAAUUUUAAGUUCUCAAACCAUCUGCAUACGGUAAAAAGGAAAGUAACUCGCAAAACAACCAUUUUAUCGAUGGGCUGUAUGGGUAGAGGCGGCCUAUGUGGUGGUUUUCUGGUAAAAAUAUGGUGAUGUGACCAGAGG